AUGCUGUCGUCCACUCUCCCAUCGGCCUUGGCUGAAAGAUGGCUCUUGGUCGCAACGUCAAUCAGUGUACUUGCCUGCGCUUUGGUAGGGCCAAAAUUGAUAGACCAGUGGCGGCUCUACUGCAUACCAAUCGUGGCUGCAGAGCUAGGCAACACCGAGAAGAGGCGGCAGGCGUACCUCGCAGGCUCCAGGAAAUUAUAUAACCAAGGAUACAAGAAGUUUCAAGAUAGUGUUUUCAGAAUCACUACGUCCCGCCAGGCGGAUAUCGUGGUAGUGUCACCAAAGUUCCUCCCAGAACUGAAGAAAUUGUCCGACAGCAUUGUGAGCAUGGCGGCUGCGGUAGAUGAGACGAUGGAAACCAAAUACCUCAAGAUUGAAACGACAGUUCCGAUUGUUCCGCACACGAUCAAGACGAGCUUGACACCAGCAUUAACCCGUUUGAAUUCACUACUCGCACAAGAGAUCAACGAAGUCCUUGCCAUUGAAUUGCCUUCGUCACGAGAUUGGGCAGAAGUCGAUGUUCACGAGUUCCUCGUUCGGACCGUGACCAUGGUAUCGGGUCGCCUGUUCAUCGGCCCAGAGCUCUGCCGCACGCCGCAGUACAUUGACACAGCCAUCAACUACACCAUGGAUGUCAUGGCGGCGCAACGUGCCGUGCAGAUGUUACGGCCAUGGCAGAGGCCAUUUGCGGCGAGCAGGCUUGCCCAAGUCAAGAAACUCGCGCAGAGAGAGAAGAAAGCCAGCGAGUUCCUGCUGCCCAUCAUCAAGGCUAGACAAGAGGCUGCCAAGAGCCCAGACUAUGACAAGCCCGAUGAUAUGCUCGAGUGGAUUCUGGACGCACAGUCCAAGUUUACGGACGAGUGCAGCCAAAACAUUGCAAAAGUGCAGCUCGGUUUGAGCUUUGCAGCUAUUCACACGACGACACUGACUGCCACGAAUGCCUUGUACGACCUGGUGGCGCUGCCAGAUUUCAUUGACGAGCUUCGCGAAGAGGCCAAGAAGGCAUUGGCGGAGAACGAGGGCGUCUUCACCAGCGCCGCGUUGCAGUCAAUGAAGAAGAUGGACAGUUUCUUGAAAGAAACACUUCGACUACACCCGGCAACGAUGGCCUCGUUUCAACGCAAAGUAUUGCAGACCUUCAGCCUCUCCAAUGGCCAGGUUAUACCCGCUGGCGUUACCAUCGAAGUUCCCGCGGUGUCGGUCAACUCUGAUCCCGAAAUCUUCCCGAACCCCGACAAGUUUGACCCUCUGCGAUUCUACAAGCUGCGGGAGACCGCCAAGGACAGCGGAUCCGUCGAGGGCGCUGCGCUCAACCAGUUCGUCAGCGUCAGCCAGAACAGCCUGACGUUUGGCUUUGGUCGUCACACGUGCCCGGGCAGAUUCUUCGCCGCCAAUGAGAUCAAGAUGAUUCUGGUCAAUGCGGUCUUGCGAUAUGAUUUCAAAAUGCCGGAUGGCUGCACGGAGCGAUUCCCAAACAUUGAGUUUGCGCACAUGUCCAUUCCGGACAUGAAGAAGUUGUUGGCCAGGAAGAUCCAGGAUGACCUCAUGUUUUUUUGAGCCAUACUGAAUACUGCAGGAGCCGGGCACAAACAGAGGCUGCUGGUGUGAAAGGGGGGGGGUUACGCUAAGUUUGUGUCUCAGGUUUAGAUUAGCUUUGGCACUGGAGGAGAUGGAGAAUACGAGUCCGAUACGGAGCGCGGAGUAAAGGCCUAUGAUCCCCGACUCGGCGCACGGAUCCACUGUGG